GGGAAUGGAGGCUGGACCCCUCUCCCCAAAGCCGAGGCUCGGUCCGCGCUCCUGCGACUAGGCUGAAGCUGCUCCCUUCUCCCCGCCGCCUCCGGGCUGGAGCAGAGACUAACGUCUGGCCGUAAACCCACACUGGGACUGGGCUGUGAUCCCGAGGCCGCAGCUCCUCUCUCGGCCCGCCACCUCCCCCUGGGCCCACCUGCUCCCUCAGCCACAGGCCAUCUCGGGGCUCUGGGACUGGACGGCUGCAGCCUCUUCCCUUUCCCCUCGGGAACGGCUCCACUCCGUCCCCUGCACCGCCUGCAGCCGCGGCCCCCUCAGCAGCUGUGUCUCCUGGCACCUCCUCGCCAUACCCAGCAGAGCAGUCGGAGCAGACAGCCAGGCUGCCCGGAAGAGUUUUUGGUGGGGUUUCUGCAUGGAGGUGGAAACCCAGCAGAACCUGCCCUUUCUGCCUUCCCCUGCCCCGAAAGGCAGCCCGCCCCGACCCUGAGAUCCCGGGUUUGGAGAAUCCUGCUGAGAGUGAACAGUAGGAGGAUUCUCGAUUCUCCAAAGCUUCCAGCUUGCCACCUGGAGGAAGGUCACUUUCUUUUGAGCAAAGGAGAUAAUGGGAGGUACCCUGCCAGUGUUCACUGAGAGGCGGGGGUGACAUGGGCCACGGUUGCUCUGGGAGGGUUGUGGCACUCGGGGCUGGGUGGCUCUCCCUAAGCUUGCUCUGACAAAAGAGUUUUGAGUUGGUCUUUUGGCUGAGCCUGCCCAGGAAGGCAGGCUCCUGCAGGAGUCUUGGAGGGUCGGAUGCGGCGCCGGAUGAGGAUGAGGCGUGGCGGAAGAUGCGUUUGGCUCUGCAGACACUGCAUCGGGCAGCAGGGGACUCUGGGAGGCUGGUGCAGCCAGAAGGCAUGGCUCUUGACAGCCUUCUAGUAGAAUCUCUGGAAUUGUGCAUGUCCCCCCCGCCUCCAGCCAGCCUGUGCAGACUUGCUGCCUGCUGUGUCACCGGGAACGCAAAGGCUGGGAAGAAGGCCCUUCUCAAAAUGGACUGGUGUUGCAGGGUGAGAAGCUGCCCCCUGACUUCAUGCCAAAGCUCGUCAAGAAUCUCCUAGGCGAGAUGCCUCUGUGGGUCUGCCAGAGUUGCCGAAAGAGCAUGGAGGAAGAUGAAAGGCAGACAGGUCGAGAACAUGCAGUGGCGAUCUCCUUGUCACACACAUCCUGCAAAUCACAGUCUUGUGGAGAUGACUCUCAUUCGUCCUCGUCUUCCUCUUCAUCAUCCUCAUCCUCGUCCUCUUCUUCCUGCCCUGGCAACUCAGGAGACUGGGAUCCUAGCUCGUUCCUGUCGGCACAUAAGCUCUCAGGCCUCUGGAAUUCCGCACAUUCCAGUGAGGCCAUGCCAGGCAGCUCUCUUGGGAGUCCUCCUACCAUCCCCGGUGAGGCUUUCCCCAUCUCGGAGCACCACCAGCACUCAGACCUCACUGCUCCCCCUAACAGCCCCACCGGCCACCACCCCCAGCCAGCAUCUCUAAUCCCGUCUCACCCCAGCUCCUUUGGCUCCCCGCCCCACCCACACCUGCUGCCCACCACCCCGGUAGCACCUUUCCCUGCCCAGGCUUCAGAGUGCCCUGUUGCUGCUGCCACCGCCCCCCACACUCCAGGGCCAUGUCAGAGCUCCCAUCUGCCCUCCACCAGCAUGCCACUCCUGAAGAUGCCCCCACCAUUCUCAGGGUGCAGCCACCCCUGCAGCGGGCACUGUGGUGAGCACUGCAGCGGGCCUCUCCUCCCACCCCCGAGCUCUCAGCCACCCCCUAGCACUCACAGGGAUCCCGGGUGCAAGGGGCACAAGUUUGCACACAGUGGCCUGGCUUGCCAGCUGCCCCAGCCCUGCGAGGCAGAUGAGGGGCUGGGUGAGGAAGAGGAUAGCAGCUCUGAGCGAAGCUCCUGCACCUCGUCCUCCACCCACCAGAGAGAUGGGAAGUUCUGUGACUGCUGCUACUGUGAGUUCUUCGGCCACAAUGCGCCGCCCGCUGCCCCGACGAGUCGGAACUAUACUGAGAUCCGGGAGAAGCUCCGCUCGAGGCUGACCAGGCGGAAAGAGGAGCUGCCCAUGAAGGGGGGCGCCCUGGGCGGGAUCCCUGGGGAGCCCGCCGUGGACCACCGAGAUGUGGAUGAGCUGCUGGAAUUCAUCAACAGCACGGAGCCCAAAGUCCCCAACAGCGCCAGGGCCGCCAAGCGGGCCCGGCACAAGCUGAAAAAGAAGGAAAAGGAGAAGGCCCAGUUGGCAGCAGAAGCUCUAAAGCAGGCGAAUCGUGUUUCUGGAAGCCGGGAGCAAAGGCCUGCCAGGGAGAGGCUCUUGGAGUGGCCCGACCGGGAACUGGAUCGGGUCAACAGCUUCCUGAGCAGCCGUCUGCAGGAGAUCAAAAACACUGUCAAAGACUCCAUCCGUGCCAGCUUUAGUGUGUGUGAGCUCAGCAUGGACAGCAAUGGCUUCUCUAAGGAGGGGGCUGCUGAACCCGAGCCUCAGAGUCUGCCCCCAUCAAACCUCAGUGGCUCCUCAGAGCAGCAGCCUGACAUCAAUCUUGACCUGUCCCCUUUGACUUUGGGCUCCCCUCAGAACCACACGUUACAAGCUCCAGGCGAGCCAGCCCCACCAUGGGCAGAAAUGAGAGGCCCCCACCCACCAUGGACAGAGGUGAGGGGGCCCCCUCCCGGUAUCGCUCCCGAGAACGGGCUUGUGAGGAGACUGAACACCGUGCCCAACCUGUCCCGGGUGAUCUGGGUCAAGACACCCAAGCCGGGCUACCCCAGCUCCGAGGAGCCAAGCUCAAAGGAAGUUCCCAGUUGCAAGCAGGAGCUGCCUGAGCCUGUGUCCUCAGGUGGGAAGCCGCGGAAGGGCAAGAGGCAGGGCAGUCAGGCCAAGAAGAGCGAGGCAAGCCCAGCCCCCCGGCCCCCAGCCAGCCUAGAGGUUCCCAGUGCCAAGGGCCAGGUUGCUGGCCCCAAGCAGCCAGGCAAGGUCCUAGAGCCUCCCAAAGUAGGCAGCUGUUCCGAGGCUGGAGAGGGGAGCCGGGGGAGCCGGCAAGGACCAGGUUGGGCUGGCAGCCCCAAAACUGAGAAGGAGAAGGGCAGCUCCUGGCGAAACUGGCCAGGUGAGGCCAAGGCACGGCCUCAGGAACAGGAGUCUGUGCAGCCUCCAGGCCCAGCAAGGCCACAGAGCUUGCCCCAGGGCAAGGGCCGCAGCCGCCGGAGCCGCAACAAGCAGGAGAAGCCAGCCUCCUCCUUGGACGAUGUGUUCCUGCCCAAGGACAUGGACGGGGUGGAGAUGGAUGAGACUGACCGAGAGGUGGAGUACUUUAAGAGGUUCUGUUUGGAUUCUGCAAAGCAGACUCGUCAGAAAGUUGCUGUGAACUGGACCAACUUCAGCCUCAAGAAAACCACUCCCAGCACAGCUCAGUGAGGCCCUGCCCAGGCUGAGCUUCUUCAGGGCGUCCUGAGGCCCCGACUGCCAGCUGAAGGCCUACAAUUUUUCCGUGUGCCCCACCUACCCGCCCAAGACCUUCUCUGCUCCCCACCAUCCUGGACCAACCAAAAGCUGAACGGAUGCCACACUGUGCUGGGGCCCCUUGACCUCAGCAGAGCCGCUUCCUGGUGCUACGCAGCCUCCACACUCAGAGCCCGUGGACUGGGCUGGCCUAAGGGCCGGGGCUGAUGGUACUGCUAGCCCAACACUGCUCUCUUUGUGUUUGGUUUUUUUGUUUUUAUUUUAUUUUUUUCCAAUUCUUUACUUUUGAUACUGUGAAGAUCUUUCAUGCCGAAAGAUAAAGCAACAUUUGGACACAGA